AUGGAGAUGAAGACAGACAAUCCCAGUCUUCCCUAUAAGGACCCAACAGCAGAUCCGAAUGCUCGCAUCUCGCCAGAGUCUCUCGCUUUAAGCGGAGCCUCGGAUGCAGGUGAUGUAUCGCGCGUCCGGGCCCUUCUCUCCUCUCUCCCCGACGGGGCCGCCCUUCCUAUCCCCCCAGAUCAGUAUUUAAGCCGUGCUCGAUUUCGAUCUGCAAGAAACGACCUUAGGGAUGCUAGCAAGGCCGGAGAUGUUGAGCUUGUCCGUAAAGUGGUCCAGGCAUGGAGAGCAGAUCCGUCUUUGGAGAACCCGACAACCGAAGACAUGGAUAUGCCGAUGAUAUUGGCGGCUCAGAAUGCCAAGAGCGAAGUCGUUCGGUUUUUCCUUGACGAGGGGGUACCAGUUAGUCCAACGGCGAUCAAGCUCGCCGCUAAAGAAGGCGAUGAAGCUGUCGACGUUUUCCAGGCCUUCCUCGAUCACGGCUGGGACAUCAACUCGUUUGACCGUAUUCCAGCCUUGCAUUCGGCUACUAAAUCUCUCCCUUUGACAAAGUGGUUCCUGAAAAAUGGGGCAGAUCCUAACCUCAUCAGCAAGGACGGCCAUACGCCUCUGGACUUUGCCGUCACCCACUCAACGCCCGACAUACCCUCCGUCAUUGACCUUCUCCUCUCUUCAGGCGCCCUUGUGACACACAGCAAUGCGCUGCACAACGCGCUCACCGCCACCUACCCUGACUCCAACUGCAUUGCCAUGAUGGGGCUGCUCUUGGAAAAGGGGUUUGACGUCAACGCGUUGUCCUUUACGAACCGGCCCGAGUUCCAAAGCCGGAAUCCGAGCACGGCGCUCCACUGGGCCGUCAGGAAACACAGCGCCAGGAGAGGCAGGAAGAACAUGUUGGCCAGGGUGAGGUGGCUGCUGGACCACGGGGCGGAUGUGGAGGUGAGGGACUCGAAGGGCAAGACUCCGGUCGAGGGGGUGAGUGAUGAGGCUCUGAUUGAGCUUUUGCGUGGCAAGAAGGAUUUCAGAAAGGCAACAGCAUAA